CUAGGUAGCCAGCCAAUUGCAGUUCCAAAAUAACAUCCACGACCCUGGCAAACUAUAUCCCUUCGCAUUGGUCGAUUCAUCUCAUCACCGUCUCGCCAUAAGUGCUACAGCCAAACACAGAGCAAACAUGGCCACACCACCCACCACCGUGCUCCCAAUCGACCUCAUGGAGAUGCAACUGUCGACCAUCGACCUCCUCACAGCGAUGUACGCCUCGCCCGAGGAACUCGAGAUCCCCCCAGCCUCAGCCGAGUGCCUGGAGAAGCUGCGCGCCUGGUGCGAGGACCCCAACCCCAGCCAUGCACCACCACCCUCCGGCAUCCCAUCCAGCAUCUCACUCUACGUCUCGCUGCCCCUGGCAGACAGCGACAAGCGCUUCCAAGUCAACCUGACGAUCCCGCUGCACUGCGCCGCUCAGCCCGAUCCAAAACCGGACCACCAACCCCCACCACCGACCUACUCGCUGCGCCCAGACUGGCUGUCCAAAGCCGAGGUCGCCAAGCUGGCAGCAUCCAUGCCCGCCGACGCAGACGUGUUCGAGGCACUAACCUACAUCCAGGAAGCGGCCGUGCGGCUCCUAGCCGAGGCCGAGGCCCAGCAAGACGCCUCCUGCUCGACCAAGUCCGAGUCCGUCGCGGCCACAGCCCGCGGCCCGCUGGUGCGCGUCUGGUUCUACUUCCCGUCGCUGUCGACGCGCGCGAAGCGCGACGACCUCGUGAACCAUGCGCCCGAGUACGCGCUGACGGGGUUCGUGCUCGCGGGCAAACCGGGGGUGCUGUGUCUUGAGGGCGCGUCGGCGGAUAUCGAUGCGUACAUGAAGUUCAUCAAGACGCACUCGUGGGGCGAUAUCCCUAGCCACCAGAAGAAGGUCAGCGAGCGGUUCCGCGAGACCGGCGCGGCGGUGCGGCGCGUGUUUGUGGGGAUGGAGGAGAUCACAGACUCGUUGGGGGAGCGCAGCGGGCAGCGGGCGAAUCGUGGGGAUAUGCAGGCGCUUGAGCAGUGGCUUCAUGCUAGGGGGCUGGGGGACGCGUUUGAGAAGGUCAUCUUCUGA